AUGUCGGAGGGUCAAAGGGACCUGCUGGCCAAGAACGGGCAAGGUUUCAGUGAUGCGGUCCAAGGCGCACCCUCUGCGACAGAUCCUCCCGGCGGCGGGUCCCGGACGCGCGGGUCUCACCUGAGGCUCCUCGGGGUCCCGCGGGGGCCGGACGCCGCCCCCUGGCGGCAGGUGGGCGCCGGCGCAGCGCAUGCUAAUGAGCCCGCGGCGCGGCGCGCUGAUUGGCCGGCGCGCAUUCCAGCCGCUUUCCCGGGGCGGGAGCCGAGGCCGAGGAGAGGGGCGCCGCCGGCAGCAGCCGCCCCCGGCCCGCGCUCCGGGCCGCCCUCCUCCCCCCGGACGCCGCGGCGGGUGCGGGGCGCGCGGGCGCCUGCGCGGGGGGCUCCUCCACUCACCCCCUGCGGGCCGCCGGUGUUCCGGUUCCGAAUCCACCCGGGGGCCAGGAUGACGAUCCGACACCAAGGCCAACAGUACAGGCCGAGGAUGGCAUUUCUCCAGAAGGUGUCCCAGCCGCCCCCUGGGCCUGAAGCAUCAGCCCUGAUCCCCUGCUUGGGCAGAAUGUUGGAGGGUAAGGACAGGGGCGGGUAAGGACCAAGACUGAAGAACUGGGGUGAUUCAGCGACACAGUGACACAGUGAAGCUGGUCUCGCUACAACAGUAGAAGCAUAAAGCACAGCCUGCAGUGGGUCCUAGCUCCCAAAUCUGUGUGAGGAGUAGGGCCAGGAACUCCGAGGGCAGAGCCUUGAGGCUGAGAUUGAAAGGGCUUCUGCUGUGGUGGGGGCGGCGUGUGCCGGGGCAGAGGCGUGCGCCAGUCUGGUGAGUACGGGGGGACAGGCAGGCAAGGACGGGUCAUAAAGAUCUUCUGUGCCUUUCAGAGGUGGUCUGAUUUCCCCCCAAAAGAAGCCACUGAGGAAUUUGGAGCAGGUGAGUGAUGCGGUCAGAUUCAAGCUCAAAAUCAAGUUCAAAAGACCAUUCCGAUGCGAACGAGAGGAAGUUUGGGAUGUCGUCUUCUCCCUGAGCUGAGAGACUUCACACUCGAGUCCUCCUGUGUUCACUGCCGCUGUCACCUAGGAAGUGACAGGCUUAUCAAGGACUGGGAGAAAGGGACGGGUCAGAAGUUCCCUUCUUUCUCCUGGGGCGGCUUGGCCUCCAGCUCAGGCCCAGUGCCACUCUUGGGUAGACAGGCCCACCGGCCACACCGCUGCCACCUCUGAUUUCUGUUGCCAGGCCUGGUGGCUGGCACCCCACCAGGGAGGGGUCCGGGCUUGCUUAAGAUGUGGCAAGAAGCGGUGGAAAGUCUACUAUCCCAAGAGGUUUGCCCCGGGGGGAGUUGGCUGAUGACACACAGCGGACAUGAGAGCGUGGCUGGGCCGCCUUCCGUGGCCCACACACACGGCGCUGCUCCCGUUCCGGCCUAUCUCUGUGUCCGGGCAACUCUGACCAGCUAGGGGGUGAGGCGGACAAAACGUUCCUUCGGGCCUCUCAAAUGUUUUUCUUUAAGACUUAGGGAGAUCGUUGGGCCUGGUUGAGCACUGCAUGGAGUAGGAAUCUUCAGAAGGCUCGGGCGGAUUCGGAAUUGCUUAUGUCAGGGGCGCCUGGGUGGCUCAGUCCGCGAAGUGUCCGAGUCUUGACUCUUGAUGCCGGCUCAGGUCAUGAUCGCACGGUUUGUGACAUGGAACCCCGUGUCGGGCUCUGUGCUGACCGUGCGGAGCCUGCUUAGGAUUCUCUCUCUGCCCCUUCUCAGCUCGCUCACGCGCGUGUGUGCGCUCGCUUGCGCGCGCGCUCUCUCUCUCAAAAUAAGUAAAUGAACCUAAACAAAUAGAA